UUAUUUUAAUAAAUUAUUGAAUUGAAUGGAAUGAUCGGUUCUGUCACCCGCAAAAACAAGGUUAGAUGUAAAAUUGAGUCCUACAUAAAUGGUUUGUUGGAUCGAAAUUGAAUGAUGAAAUCAUCAAACUAACCCAUCACGCAUUUGUUGUUUAUGUGGCGAUGCCGAAAAGCCGAAAACUUAACCCUCCCUUUGCCGCACGUCUCUUUCCUCUACUUUCUCUCCCCAAUAUCAUUCCUUUCAAUCACUUCUUUACUUUUUAAUUUUCAUUUUUCCCCCUUAAAAAAAGCGCUGAAAAUUGAACUCAAUAAUCACCGGCUAUGGCUGCAUCGAGGCCGUCCCGAUCGGUCUCCGCCAGAGACAUUUCUAUCGGUUGCGAAAGGUUGGACGGUGCUGGUAGUUGGGACACCCUUGAAUGGACCAAAAUUGAGCCAGUUACGAGGUCGGUUUCACAUGCCAAUUUCGAGUUUUUGCUUGAAGCUGAGCGAGUUCUAGAUGAGGGCCAUGGUGUUGUUCUUGUUAAUACCGAUGAGGCUGGAACCUUGUUUGUUACCAACUUUCGUCUUCUCUUUCUCAGUGACGGGACCAGAAAUAUUGUUCCACUAGGUACCAUUCCACUGGCAACAAUUGAGAAAUUCAACAAAAUGGUAGUGAAGAUUCAAUCAACUUCACGCAAUACUAACAAGUCUUCAUCACGCCGUCUUCUUCAGAUCAUCGGAAAAGAUAUGAGAAUUAUUGUUUUCUGUUUUCGCCCUCGAACAAAGCAGAGACGUGCUAUAUUUGAUGCAUUGUCAAGAUGUACAAAGCCAGAAAGAAUUUGGGAUCUUUAUGCUUUUACUUGUGGACCGUCCAAAUUCAGUAACUUAAGCCCAAAGGUGCGGUUACUGAAUGAGUACUUUCGCCUUCUUGGAAAAGGCUUCCAUCAUGCAUCAAUGAGGAUGAUUGAAGAUGGAUCGUUUACAAUGUCUAAUGAUUCUUGGAGAAUAAGUGAUAUAAAUUUCAACUACUCUCUGUGCCAGAGUUAUCCAUUCGCAUUGCUUGUUCCAAAAAGUGUUAGUGAUGAUGAAAUUAUCCAAGCUUCAAACUUUCGUGCAAGGUCUAGGGUACCUGCAGUUUCUUGGUGUAACCCUGAAACUGGAGCAGUUCUUGCACGUUCAUCUCAACCUUUGGUUGGUAUUAUGAAUACAAGGAGCACUGCUGAUGAAAAGUUGGUUGCUGCACUUUGCGCUCAACUCAUUGACGGAAAGGAUUCGAGGAGGAAGCUAUAUAUUGCUGAUGCGAGACCAAGGAAAAAUGCAUUGGCAAAUGGAGCAAUGGGAGGGGGCUCAGAGUCAUCUUCAAAUUAUUUUCAAUCUGAGAUAGUUUUCUUUGGGAUAGACAACAUACAUGCAAUGAGAGAAAGUUUUGCUCGGUUUAGAGACUACUUAGAUACACACGGUGCCGCAUCAUCAGAUGGAAUGUCAUCAUUCUUGAGACAUGGUGGUUGGACUUGGGGUGGGGGAAACCUGAGCAGUAUGUCUGCUUCAGUAUCAACCCUUGGUGACAGUGGUUGGUUAAUACAUGUUCAAAGUGUCUUAGCUGGAUCUGCUUGGAUUGCUGCACGUGUUGCUUUGGAAUCAGCGGCAGUGCUUGUACAUUGCAGUGAUGGAUGGGAUAGAACAAGUCAGCUGGUUUCACUUGCAAACCUGAUGCUUGAUCCAUAUUACCGGACAUUCACUGGUUUUCAGGCACUUGUUGAAAAAGACUGGCUAGCUUUUGGGCAUCCAUUUUCAGAUCGUGUAGGAAUGCCAAGCAUAUCUGGAUCUUCAUUUGAAUUAAGCAGAAAUGCUUCUUCUACGGGAAGUUUUUCAUCAUCACCCUUGCGCCAAUCUUCAGGCUCAUCUCAGGCAUCUAAUUCAUCUCAUGCACAGAACAAUUAUUCCCCCAUAUUCUUGCAGUGGGUUGAUUGUGUUUCACAGUUGUUAAGGAUUUAUCCAUUCGCUUUCGAAUUCUCCUCAAAUUUCCUAGUGGAUUUCUUGGAUUGUGUGCUUUCUUGCCGUUUUGGAAAUUUCUUGUGUAACAGUGAGAAGGAGAGACAAAUAUGUGGUGUAGAUGAAAGUUGUGGAUGCUUGUGGGCCUAUUUGGCUGAUAUGCGUUCUUCGGAGGGGAGGUCCCAUGCCCAUUAUAACCUUUUCUAUGAUACAUUGAAACACAACGGGCCACUUUUACCUCCGGCAGCUGCUUUAGCCCCAACACUUUGGCCCCAAUUCCAUCUUCGUUGGGCAUGUCUUCAAUCCCAAGCUGGUGAGCUUGAGGCUGAAUGCAGGAACAUGGCUAUAAAGUUUUCCGAACUGCAAAAGGCUAAAGAAGUGGCUGAAAUGAAAGCUAAAGAAUACUUGGCGGCCAUGGAAAUAUUGAAUGUGGAUCUACAAAAUGAGAAACAGGUCAGCAGCUCAGCAAUGAACUUGGCAAAAAGAGCCAGCAAAGAAAACGCAGCCAUACAGCGAGCUGUACAAUCACUGGGGUGCAGGGUUAAUUUUACAAAUAGCAGUGAUUCUACCGUUGAUGUUGAAAGCAGUCUGAUGGAAACUUCGCAAAGGCUCUCUCUUCCUAGAAGAGAAUCUGAAUAUACAAUGGAACAUAAUGACAGAUCAGAUUUAUCUGUUUCGAUUACAGUUGAGGCAGAUGAUGUUGCUCCCAGCAGCAGUCCACUCGGUCAAGUCUGUGAAACAUUGUGUCCUUUGCGUACACAGGGCAGGGGUUGCCAAUGGCCAGAUGCUGCCUGUGCUCAGCUUGGUAGCCAGUUUGUUGGACUGAAAGCAAAUUUCGAUGCAUUUGACCGGCUUUCUAUUUAUGACCGAUAUUUUAAGUCAGAAUAAAAAUAUGGAUAAUCAGUUUUUUGCCUUGAUAAUCAGAUUUGGUACAAGAAACUGGAUAUCUUGGCUCUCUGCUCCAAAGCAGGUUUGGAGAUAUAUUUGGCACAUAGAUAUGACCCUAGCUUUUUGGAUGGGUCUCAGGAUAUGUUGUACAGAGAACGUAGAGUCGAUUUCAUUGUUACCGUUCUAGUUUUAGACAUUGAUGGAGGACAGAAGCAAGAAAGUGUACAUUGUAGAGGCAAUGCAGCUAAAUGCCAAUUUGGUGCUGGGUACCUUUCAUAAGAAGGUAUUUUCAGUAUUUUGCUAUAACUUGAUUCUUUUCUUGAACGAAGACUAGUUUGUGUACAGAUUUUUAGACUAUUCAUUUGCAGUAACGUCACCCCUAUAAUUUGCAAAUUGAUGCAUACCGACAAUGUAGGAUAUCUGAAUUGGCCGACUUUUCUUAAGCUAACCUUUUUUGAUGGCCCGGAUUUUAUAGCUAUAUGUGCAUUAUAUGGAUACAUUGUUCCGGGUGUUAAACUGGAAUAUAAGAGUUGCAUUUUUAAUAAAAUCAAA